UUUUGUACUUUGAAAUAUCCUUGAUAACAACAUAUUAAAUAAAGUUUAGUUAUUAAUAUAAAAUUUAAAUGUUUCAAAUCUAAUAAUAAUUAUCAUCUGUACAUCGGAUUUAACUAAAUAUCACGUACCUUAGAAAAAACCUUUAACCGAUGCGAAAUAAAAAUUUAAUAGUACAAACGUUUUCAGACCCCUCCUGGGUCCAUCUUCAGGCAAAAAUCAUUUGAAGAUUUACGAAGUACGAAAAAUAUUCGUUUAGAACGAUUUUUAAAACUGAAAAGAUAGAACAGAAUCACGUGAUCUAUAUCUCUGAACGUCAUAUCUUCUACGUCAUAUUGACAGAUAUUUAAAUAUUUUCCAUCGUUUUUAAAGAUUUUAUGAAUAACUUUGUUGUUAAGACCACAAAACAUAUCACAUAAUUUUAGAUAACGCAUUUACUUCCUUUCUUUUAGGAUUACGACGCACUUAAACCUCCUGUUGUAAUAGGGCCUGCCAUGCCAAAGAAAGAGAGAUUUCAUCUCUGGAAUUGAUCGGUGAUGUAGUGUUGUAUGCCUUGCAUAAUUCUAUCUGCUCCAACCAUUUGAGAUGGUCUAAAUAUGAGGUGGUGGUGAUUAAUUUAGCAUUUGAAAAGUCCGCAGUUAUUUCUGGAUCAGACGCGUAAGUUGAUAAGGAAGUGGUACAUUUAUUUUGCUGGAUGUCACGCAUAUGUUCUUUCAAUCUGAUCCCAACAGCUCGUUUUGUUGAGCCUAUGUAAAUUAAGUCCUUCCCAAAACGAUGGUCCCUAAGUGGCACUUUAUAUACCCCCGGCAUUCUUUCUUCCUUAGAUUUGUCUUUUCCAUUACGUAGAAUACCAAAUAUGGUUGGGCAUCUUCUGAAGGUUAGGGAGAUACCCUUCUGCCGUGCGAUUCUAUUAUGUAUUGAUUUCAACAGUGGGUUGUAAGUAACCGACACCCUCAGUUUAUCCUCCUUUUGGUUAGCAUCUAUUGAAUUAAUUCUUUUAGAAGGAGACAUCGUUUCUCCAAACUGUUGCGACAUUUUUUGUAUGAUGUUAUGGUAUCCAUGCUGUUUGGCCACUUCGUAUAGGUAUUGUAUUUCCUGUUCUAAGGCCUCUUGAGUAGAAGAGUGUGAGUGAGCCCUUUUAACUAGAGCCCUGAACGCCGCCAUCUUGUAUUGGACAGGGUCACAUGAGUCUGCCGGGAUAUAAGUUGGUUUGUCUGAUGGUUUGCGGUACAUGGAGGUGUGUAUGAUCGGUCCUCCAAAGUCAAUAUUCAAAUCCAGAAAAUGCACCGAUGAGUCGCUGUGCUGUUCGACCUCCAGGAUAGAAGAAGCAGUAUCAUUAGUUCCUGAAAUGAUGGCAGAAGAAAAAUUGAAAGCAGUUCAAUUUUGGAAUGUUGUUUCAGAAAGAUUGCAAGAAAUUGUCAACAACAGUGCAGCAGAUAUUAAUGCUCUGGCAUUAAGUGCUCUUAAGGAGAAGGAAAAUUUAGAAAAGCAAUCUCAGACUUCAAUAUUAACAGGUGAAGAAGUUUGUCAACAUUUCAUAAAUACAGGAUCAACUUAUGAUGCUUCUGCUUAUUCAGAUAUUUCAGUGAAAAAGGAAAUUGAAGAAUCUGAAGAUAAUUUCUCUUUAAGGACUCCUUGCUUAAGAGCACUCCUGGAAAGAAAGAUUCCAGAAAAUGUAGUAUGGAAACAGAAGAAAGAUAAAAAUAGCGGAAGUGGAAUAGAAAAUAUAAAUAAUGAUGUUGAUCAUGGAAAUGUAGAAAUUUCAGACGAAAGUCAUCAGAAAUUUUCACAAAUAGAAAAAAAAUUGAUUCAAGUUUGUUGGAAACUGCUUACAACAAAGAAAAAUAUGCCUUUGAAUAGAAUUAAUUUAAGUAAUGGGAUGAUGAUUGAUGACAUAUGGUGCCAAGUAUGUGGAAAACGUUUUGCUCAAACUGGUAUUCUUCAAACUCAUAUGGCAAUGCAUUUAGAUCAGAAAGCUCAUUUAUGUGAACAUUGUGGAAAGUCAUUUCGUCAAAAAUCACAACUCCGCCUUCAUAUGCUAAGGCAUGAAGGUGUUAGAAAAUAUGCUUGUGCUUUUUGUCCUGCUAGAUUUCUAACAAAAGGAGAUUUGGAAAGACAUAAUAGGAUACAUACAGGAGAACGUCCUUUUGUUUGUGAAAUCUGUGGAAAAUCAUUUACUCGUCAACAAUCUCUUAAUGAACAUACUAAUCGCCAUUAUGGUUUAAAACCAUAUGAAUGUAAAUAUUGUAUGAAGGGUUUUGCUGAAAUGUCUGCAUGUUAUAAGCACAUUAAACAUCAUGAACGUCUACAAAAUACAAAUUGUGGUGUGGAUCAGUCCCAACAAUGUGAAAAUGAAUUGGCUGUGCCACAUCCAAAUAUUGUCAAUUUGCCAGUAGAAUCAGAAACACCUAAUCUUCAACUACCUACAAGUGAUGCUUUAAAUCACAUAGUAGAAGUAAAUCAAGCAGAUUAUAGAGAAAUUGAAAAAUUUACUGUGCUUGUUCAUACUGGUGAACAGUCACUUGAAGUGGCAAGUGAAAUGACAGUCGAGCAAAGAGAACAUCAGGAUCAUCCUACAACGAUUGCUCCAAACACUGGUGUACAAAUUGCUGUUGCUGAACAAAUGUCAGAUUUUACUGCCAUAAAUUUAUUAGCUAGUGCCUCAACUUUUCAACAAAAUUACUGAAAAGAUCAUUUUUAUAUUCAUGAUAGGGACCACUAAAUUAUAGAUAGAAUAUAUAUUAUAUACACAAUUUAUAUAGUACUUUGGCAAAUCAAAUAUAUUAUAUAUAUUUGGAUGUCAUAUAUGUUUAAAUAUGUUUUUGUAUUUAAAUAAAAUGAAGAUAUUCAAUUUAAUUUUUUUAUCUGGAAUAACAAAAUGUCAAUUAUAAAACGCACAGUAGUUAUAGAAAUUGUAUAUUAUUAAUUAAGUACAUUAAAAACAAAAAUUAUAUUGUAACUUAAGGUUUGCAUUAACCAAUUUCCUAUUGUUAUAAAUAAUAAGAGAAAAAUUCUGAUACUGUUUGUAUUUUAAUUGCACAAGCA